AUGGGCGACCAACACGGCUGCGCGGCGAAGCUGCGGCGCGUGGGGAUCGGCCCCAAGGAGCAUGUGCAGGACGGAGGGCCGCCGCCGCCGGAGCCGUGGCCGAUCCGCUACGCGAACGUCGCGCUGAUUGCAGUCUCGAUCGUGUGGACGUGUAUCGUGUACCUCUGGCGCAUCUGCUAUCCCAUGCUCACCAAGAAGCCGUACGCGCUGGGGAGCCGCGCGGCGGGCAUUGUGCUACUUGUCCUCUUCUGUAUUCUAUGGUGCAUGGUGCUCUGGAGCUAUGUCAUGGUCGUCGUUUCGCCGCCGGGCUACGUCCGCGAGCUGUUUGACGAGCAAGAGGCGCCGGACUAUGGCGCGACGUCGCACACGCCCGCGCAGCCGAUCGCUAUGGCCCCGCAGCCGCAGCCGGAAGUGCAGCAGGAAGAAGUGAGCAGCGUGCGCAACACGCAGCCCUUUUCGCCGCCGAACGAGCGCGAGGCGCGCUGGGCCGCGUUUGAGAACGACGCGUCGGACGUGCUCACACGCGACGCGCCAAGCGAGCCGGUCCGCGACGCGACCAACUCGAUCGAGAUGCAGCCCUCGACGCCGGAUCUCACCACGUCCGUCGCACCGGAAACGACGACCAUGGCUGAGAUGCUUGCGGAUGAGCCGCCGCGCACCGACAAACCCACGAGCUCGAUGCAGGCGCUGCCGACCGCGCCGCCACCCAAGAUGCCCAAGCCGGCGCGCGUGCCGCAGAACCCGCCCUUGUACGCGCCGCCCGAGCUGUACUGCAGCCGCUGCCAGCGCCCGCGGCCGCCGCGCGCACACCACUGCCGGCGCUGCGGCACCUGCGUGCUGCGUAUGGACCACCACUGCCCGUGGAUCGGCGGUUGCGUCGGCGCGCAAAAUUACCGCUUCUAUGUCAACACGGUCUUUUGGACAUUUGUCCUGACCAUCUUUGUGAUCGUCAGCGUGGCGGUCCUCUUUGCACGGGGCGUCCUGUCGCACGGCAGCGGGCACUGGUCCACGGUCAUUCACAACUGGGACGUCGACGGCUACCUAAUCAGUGUGCUGGCAAUCUCCUUCUUCUACUUCUUGUUCACCGGCUCGCUUUUUAUGAUCCACAUGGAGCUGAGUAUGCUGAACGUGACGUCGGUCGAGCAGCGUGCGAUCAACUCGGACAGGACGUACGAAGGCGUGCUGCUCAAGCGGUAUUAUUCCUUCCACGGCGAAGGCGGCACGCUCGGCAGCGGCCUCGUCGGUGCGAUCCGCCGCUACCGCGCGCGCCGCGCGCUCCUCGACGAGUGGAACUUGGAGUGGGGCAAGCGCACGCGCGAGGGCAACCCGUGGUGGAUGCGCAGCCGCGCCGAGCUCGCGUACGCGACGGACUCGGACAGCGCGCGCCGGCGCGCGGCGAACCUCGAAAAGGUGAUGGGCCUUGAAGGAGGCGAGUCGGUCGCGAGCGUCGUGCAGGCGCCAACGUCGACGACGUUUGGCGCGACGCCGCUGCUCAACAUGGAGCUGAGCAUCGGCAAGCCCUAUACAUGGUUCCUGCCGAUGGCGCGCGCAAAGCCCACGGCCGGCAUCCACUUUCCACUGAAUCCACGCUACUCAGAGCUCGGCGCGUGGCGGCCGCGGAGCGAGUGGCCGGACCUCUGCCAGACCUAA